AUGUUUUUCAUCGGCAUACUGAUACCUUACAAUGAUGAACGCCUCGUGUCAGCUAAGUCAAAAACGGGCAAAUCACCCCUGACUAUAGCUUUGCAGGAUGCCAAUAUUGCCCCGGGAGCACACCUCAUCAACGCGCUAAUAGUAGUCUCGGUUAUCUCUGCUGGUAAUGGUUCUCUCUACGUGGCAUCGAGGACUCUGCUUUAUAUGGGGCGUACAGGAAAAGCACCAGCUCUCCUUGGGGUCACAAACAAAAUGGGUGUACCCUGGGUUGCCCUUUUGUUUUCCAACGCGUUUGCAUGUAUUGCAUUCAUAUCAGUAUCGUCAAGCGCUGGAAAACUAUAUGAAGCUCUUAUAACCCUCUCUGGUGUCGCGUCCUUUAUUGUCUGGACCGCAAUUGGAAUUACACACAUCCGCUUUCGCAAAGCACUUGCAGCACAGGGCGAGGACCCAUCUACGCUCCCAUUUAAAGCAGCGUUCUAUCCAUAUGGCACCUACAUAUCUGUCGCAGCCAACAUAUUUCUCUUGUUUUUCCAAGGGUACCCAGCGUUCCUCAACCCGUUCAGCGCAGAGGAUUUUGUAACUAACUACAUCUUACUGCCGGUGUUCGUUGGCUUCAUCAUGUUCUGGAAGUUUUACAAGAAGACAGAGUGGGUCAAGGUUGAGGAAAUGGAUAUCUGGAGCGGAAGGAGGGAGUACGGGGAAGCCGAAUUGGCUGUCAAGAAAAAGACGCUGUUGACCAGGGUGAAGAAUGUGGUUGUAGGCUGA